AUGGCGAAGGGAGUCAAGUCAGCGGUACCAGCAACGCCGGCCAAGUCGAGUGGAACGCGCAACGAGACUUCGGUGCGCUCCGGAAGCUCAUUCUCGACCCCAACGACGGAUCCGAUGGAGUCGAUUGACGAGCGUUCGGUGAGCUACGACACGGUGAUUGAUUCCUCGGACGCCAAAGAAGAUGACGACGAUGAUGACUGGGAUGUCCGGACAGCGAUGUCCGAGACUUCGGAAGCUGCGGUUGUGUCCGCAGGUCGCAGUGGAGGAUCAAGGUCGAUUACCCGCGACCUCUCCGACACGUUCAAGGACAUGCCGGGCCUCGAGUCCGCCUACGACGCGGAUGACGGCGCCUUCGAGGUCUUCAAACCCUCGGUGACGCCGGUUGGCACUCGUCCUCCCCUCAACGGGGAUACUCCGGCGGCCAACAAGAUCUUAGGCCGGUGCCUAGACCUGAUGAAGACCAAGAGCGAAUGGAUGCAGUUGUUCUCCCCGAAGCAAGUCCGCCAGGCCAUCUGGAUGGACCUCGGAGGGGUGUUGGCUACGCCGAUCAACUCAACGAGCACUCGGCACAUUGCGCAGAAUACUGUGGACCUCCUGCGAGCUGUGGGGUGCGAACCCCAGAUCCACCCCACGGAGGCUGCGCUCGCGAGUUGGACGCCGACCGCCGCUGCCACGGCGUUAACCAAGUGGAGGAAGAAGCUGCGUAAUGCCUUUGGAGUGGAGGACCGACCCCUCGGAAGGGAUGAUGACGGUGUCUUUGCAACCAAGGGCGAAGCCUCGCCGUACAUGCAAGACUCGCACAUGGUAACUCCACGAUCUACGGAUCGUAGUGAACGUCUGGCUAGGGAGAACGAGGCUUCAUUCGCCACGCCUGGCACGCGCGGAGCGACCGGUCGUCGGUCCGGCCGACGUUACGACCUCCAAGAUGAUUCGUCGGACAGCGACGACGACCUCGGACCCGACUACUACGAAGGGGACCUACCGAGCGAAUGGACACGUCAGCUCCCACGCAAGACAAGACGCACGUGGAAGUUGCUGAGCGAGGCGUUCAUCAAGUACUAUUGCUCGAAGUUUUCCCAGUCUGCGAAGGCUCGGUACUACUCGGCCAAGCGGGAAGACAAGGAACACGUUUGUGACUACCUCAACCGGCUCAACGGCUACGCUCGCAACGCCGGUGUGCAAUUUGAAAACGGUGGUCGUGACGCGAAGGACCACGUGGACCACGUCUUGGUCACGUGUGACGACCGAAACUUAGAAUACCGUCUGUGCCACGUCCGGGUCAAGAGCAUCCAUGACCUCGAAGACAUGAUCAACGACAUCCUGCGUCACCGUGACCGCAAAUCGAACCGAGAAUCGUCGUUCCGCCGCUCUCGGAGUCAAGAUGAUGGACGUCGAUGCGAUGCGAGGUCGAACGAGGAUUCUCGUGGUGGCUACCGCCGCGAACGACGCUACCACGACGAAGACCGUCGCGAACGACGUCGCCGUGACAACGACCGCCGCAACGACCGCAGUGAAGACGACCGUCGCCGUGACCGACGCGAUGGAUCGCCGUACCAGUCCCGAGUCACUUUGGUUGACGCGCUGGCCGAUGUGAUGGCGGAAUGGAACGUCGGAGGCUCGGUCGGUGCACGCAACGAGGCUCCAUACGCCCCCCGACGUGAUGCUGAGGCGAACGAGGAUUACUUCGAGGAUGAGCGCCAAUACUCGGCCGACCAACGCUCGAACGAGGAUUCAGACGCUGAUUACGACUCGGAUGGGUCUACCGGACAAGUCGCUGCUGCUAACGAUGCUGAGGGCAGGGCCGCAGCCAAAGGAACGUUCGCUCGGUCUGAUAACCGAGGCUUCAGGAACGGAGGAGGCCCGUCCAACCGUGAACGAGAUGGUUGA